CGAGUAUAUGCAUAUGGCCAGGAUAGAGCCUGCAGGCAGGUAGCAGCAGCAGCGUAUUCCCGCGUUGUGCUUGUAGCUACCUUCCCACGGCGUGCGUUUGUACGUCUUGACGUGGUGCAUAGACCCAUCCCCUUGCUUCCGAGCCUGAUCCGGUUGCAGAGUCGAGCCAAUCAAGUGAUCACCAUGCCGCCUGCCAGCGCUCCUUCAGCAGCCGCUGCGUCAGCUGCUCCCUUGCCGUUCACGCCCAUCAUUUUCUGCGGGCCCGGUGCAAAUCUGUACCCGCUCUGCGACCCGCAGCAGGCGCUCACGCAAGUACAUGCGUCCUCCUCUUCUUCGCCCUCAGCAGCGGAAGCAGCAGGGAUCAAGGCGUUGCUACCGAUCGCGAACCGGCCGCUGCUGGCGUACCCGCUACAGCUGCUGUGCACGGCUGGCAUAGACCAUGCGAUCGUCGUUGCCGCGCGCGAGUCACAAGCGGCUAUCGUUGCGACACUGAGGACGUGUUCGCUGCAGCUGCCUUCGCACCCGCAGCAAUCGCAUCACCAACAUGGUAAUGCGAGCGGAAGAGUCAAUAUCGUCGUGCGCGAGUGGAGUGCUUUGCAAUCUACAUCGUCUAGCACAGGCUUGUCAACAGCAAACGCAGACGCAUCUGCCUUUCGCGUGGAACUCUUCCCGCUCGGGCCACACGACCACGGCGGCGGUGCUGCUGGGCCUUCCGCCUCUGAAGGCGACGGCACAUCGACAGCGGCGGCAGCAGCAGCUGGAGGAGCAGCUAGAGGAAUGAAAAGCGCGGGAGGGCGAGGGGCUGAAAACGAAGCGUCCGCUUUUGGGAGCGGUCCGGGCUCGCGCAUGGGUACCGCACAGCUCUUGCUAUGGCUCUGGCAGCUUGGGAGAGUACAGUCUAACCCGCUGAUCCUGCCGUGUGACUUGGUCAGCCCAGCCUUCCCGCUCGCUGCGCUACUCACCGCGCACCUGCAGGCCAGCUUCCCGCACGCCUCCCCACCGGCGAUCACCGCUCUGCUGUACGAGCGCGGUGCAGGCGAAGGGACCGGCCGCGAGCGCGAGAAAGAGGCGCCGCCUCGCGCGCUCUUUGCGUACGCCAGCACCGAAUUGAUACCAUCAGGUGGGGUUGGAGGCGCUGCCACGCAGGUGCAAUGGCCGUCAGGUAGUAGCAGCACUGGCGGCAGUGCGGCGACGCCCCUCCCGCACUCUUUACACUCGCUGCUCCUGCAUCGCGAUGAGGAGACGUUCUCAUCCGACGAUGACGAUAUGGACGUGCGCAUGUCACUGCUCUGGUCGCACCCACGCACGACGCUUGCGACGCACCUGCUCGACGCUCACGCGUACGUCCUCAGCAUGCCGCUGCUCGCGCCGCUCUUGCAGCGCUGGUCGCUCCGCCUCACGAGUCUCCGCGAGCAUGUCCUGCCCACCGCGGCCAAAUGUAGCUGGCAGAAUGGCCUGCUCGAGAAGAUCGGCUGGACGGCCCCCGGUGCCGAGGCGGCGGGGGCGGCCAGCGCUGAAGGAAGCGUGGCAUACGCCUCAGCCAACGUAAGCGGCAGACAAGGGGGUACUGAUGGGGCGCGGCAGCAUACACGCCCCGACGCCGAUGCAGACGCAGACGCAGAGGACCAAGCCGGAAGCAGUAUGCUCGCCGCGUUCCUCAAAAGCACCAACACGCGCAAUCUACCAGUGCCUCCCCCCUACCUCACGCCGCAGACGCAGGAUGGCGACAAGAAUCAGCCUGUCGAGGGAGCAGGGAAGGUGAACCCGGUCCGCUGCGUAGCGCUAAUCGCACGCUUGCGGCCCCGUGGCGCAUCUCACGCCGGCACUGCCGAUGCCCCUGCUGGGUCCGGCGCCACCAACUCCGCUGACAAGCAGAAGGGCGCGGAUGCAGCAGCGGCGGCAAGAGCAGAGCAGCAUGACGAGGCAGCAGGCGGCCGCUUCAUUGCGCGCGCGAACACGCUUCCGACGUACAUUGAAAGCAAUCGAUACGUGCUCAAACUUCUCGCCGCUGCCUCUGCCGCGGGAAAUUCAAGUGCAAGCGGGAGUGCAGGUGUGCCGCCUUUGCCUGCUGUCUCUGCGUCUGCGCCUGUGUCUGCCAAGGCUGGCUCAUACGAGGCAGGCGGAAAUAACAACACGUCAUCCACUGGAGCCCCACCCGCGGCCGUGCCGUCAUCAACAAUGUCACUCCCAGCCACAGCAGCAAUAACCUCAAUGACAGCAACAGCGUCGAGCACAGCUGCCAGUGCGCAAAUCUCCGCGGACAGCCUGAUCGGCGCUCAAACGCGCCUAGGCGAACGAACCACGGUAAAAAAGAGCGUGAUCGGGCGCUCGUGCUGGAUUGGGCGCGCGUGCCGGCUGCAGGGCUGUGUCAUCAUGGACGGCUGCUUCGUCGGCGAGGGCGCCAAGCUGGAAAACACGCUCCUGGCGCCGGGGAGUAAAGUCGGUGAGCGCGUCACACUUAAGGACUGCGAUGUCGGACCAGGCUGCCGUGUCCCCGCUGAUACGAGCAGCAAGAAUGAGAAGUUUGUGUGCGAAUCUGACGAUGAGAACGGCGAGGAUGAAGAGGAUGGCCAGGGGAGUGAAGAUGAUGACGAUGAGGGGCAAUGACAGGAGGGACUCACGCCUCUUGGUCACAGUGUAAUGCGAGUCAUAAUCAUGAUCCCCCGUCUGUUAUGAAAAUCCAACCGAGGGG